UUCUGCACAGCUCACCCUCAGUCGCUCGUUACUAUACCAACGAUUACCUCACCAUCUGUACUCUAUACUCAACAGACUACCCUCUGGCGAUUUCGUCAUAAGUUGCAGCCGAUUCCUCUCGGAUCAAGUCCCCCUCCUACAAUGCGAUAGCAAUGUCAUCGUCCCCUUCGUCGGUGAAGUCGAGACCGCCGAAGCGGACCUCUCCAGCAAGGACGCCCCUUCGAGAACGAACCCAGUCCCAAGCCAACGAAAUCUCGGCCCGCCUGAGCAAAGAUGCUCUGUCGGAUCAGGAAAACUUCAGCAUAUACAACACCACACCCUUUCCCACAAAGGCGGCACAUGUUCUCCUUCCCAGCUCGAUCAAGAAGAAGAAAAGCACUCGCAACUUCGACGGUGAUGUCUUCACGGACUCUCCAUUCGCGAAUGAGACGGGAAGAACCAACGAAGCACAAAGGACUGUGCGAGGGGUCGCACAACCCACGAUUAGGCUCAAGCGGUCUGUCAAAGCAUUGCGAGAUCUAUAUGAGGCUCAGGCGGAUGAAGCGUCUCGUCCUUCCACAGCUGCGUCGCCUCCUCUUCGCCCCAGCACCGCCAAUUCGUCACGACUAAGGGCCGUAGGGUCAAACGAAAGUUUGUCUGGGCCUUAUGCUUGGGACAAUGCACGCAAGAUUUCUUCUGACGAUUUGGCGUUGUUGCCAACAUUGCCUCAAGGGGGACGGUUUGCGAAUAGGCGGUCAUCAAGGGCAUCUUUCACUUCCAUCGCCGAGAGGUUUGCAGCUACCUCAAGUCCAAAUUAUCGAGUUCUGGGUGUAACCUCGAGUCCGAGGCCACCUGCGGAUCUGUAUAGUUCUGGCCUGGGUUCAUCCACAGCGGAUCCGAGUAUCAGCACCGUUCAAAACAGCUCUUCGAGCCCAAAUGUGGUCAGACUCGCCCACACAUCAAGUACGGAGCAGUUUCAGGACGAUGUGCAGUCAUCAAGUCCAAAUGUGAUCAAAUUAGGGACAUCGAGCCCAUUCGGUUCACGACCUGCCGCCAUCCACUUUGCCACCACGUUAACACGUCGCAGCUCAGACUCGUCACCGAAGCGGAAACGUUCUGAUACUCUGGAAAGUGGCUCAUUCGCAGACAGGGCAGGCGCGAGGAACCCUUUGGCCUCCAGUCCACCCGUGGAUCGAUAUAUCCCCACCUCGGCAGCAGCCAGUAACGUCUCACCCGAGAGUCGGGGAUUUGCAUCUUCCGCAGGUGAAAGUAUUCGUCAGGUGGAAGGCUCCUUCGAUGAUUCCAGCCCGAUUGUGCGAAGGUUGGGAGUUUACCAAGUCAGCUCUGACGACUAUUCACUUGCUGAGUCUCAUGCGAGCCUCCAAGCUGCUCUCAGCUCGAGUCCGCCUCGUAUACAAUAUCCGGUCGUACGCGCACCGCCCAGGAGCCAACAAGUUGGACUGAUGGUGCCGAAAAGAAACUCUAGAUCUCUGUCUAGAUCUCUUUCCGCGGGGACAGCAGGACCGGAAUUGCCAUCCAGGCUAUCAGCAAUCCCAUCCGAGGCCGCAAAUACCCGGCCGACGAGCGUCUCAUCUUCGGUCCUAGAUGAAAUCGAUGAGUAUUUGACCUCCGAUGAAUUGGCCCCAGCAUCGAUGUAUAUAAUCAAUGCACCAUCCAUCAAGUCACAGAUCCGGAUCGUUCGAGAUGACGACUCGGACUCUCAUGAAGCCGCAGACGAAGUGUCAGCUUUACCUUCGAGCGACGAUGUGUACAAAUCGCCCACAACUCGAACAUCACGCAGCGGCAGCUAUGUCGGUUCUAUCGACUCGUCGCUGUCACGACUCACUCCUAUGAGAUCAUCGAAGCAUUUGCGACGAAACAGUUCUCUUUCUCCUUCACUUCGACCUACCUCUUCGGGCAGUGCAGUCGCCCCGGCGCCUCCACUUCCAACAUGGGCGAAACGGUAUUAUUCGGGCGCCUAUGCAGAAUCAUUCCAAUAUCUGUAUGCCAGCACCUCACACGUAAAUCUGCAAAACCUGGCCAGCACAGGUCGGGGUCAAAGGACACUUCCAGCACCUUCGCGACCAACAACCGCGAGAUCAAAUGGCAGUCCGACCCGACGCGGCUUCCAUCAAGCCGUGACAGAUCGCAUGGAAGCUCUCUUCAAGGGCAGAUCCCGCCCACGUCUUGAAGCGAGGAAAUCGCACACCCUUCCCGGCGAAGGACCUCUUGUAUCCAAUCCGCUCCGCGGCCCUGCAACAGCAGCCAUCGACACACGGCGACAGUCGUACCCUUCCACGCACCAUUCCUCUACUCACGGCCGGUCAUUCUCCGCCCCUCUAUCUCCAGUCGACCCACGGUCUCACUGGGCCGGUGUCAUUGAGAUUAAUGAACAACCGCUUGAAGUUGGUCCAGGGUCAACAUAUACCAUACACCAGCACCAUUACCGCCGCCCUAGCUACGACUACAGCGUGACACCAUCGGAAUCUCAGAUGUCAGUCGUGCACUAUUCAGGUGCCCAAAUUCGGCGUAGCUGGCCCGCCUCCCCACAUCUGCACCACGACCAGAGACUCAACACAGGCUCCUCCGCAUCACGCGGCUUUGGGUUCCCAUUCAAUGCAAGGUCCCGCUGGACCGCCCCAAGUAUCAUGUCGCAGUCGGGCGGUUUCUUCUCGAGACGAGCAGACCUACGCAGCGCACAGGUCGCAUGUUUCGCCGUUGGCUUCGUUGUUCCAUUCACAUGGUUCAUCGCGGCCUUCCUGCCUCUCCCAAAGCGACCAGCAUCGUACGCAGACCUGGAGAAGAAUGCGUACAGCCAAGCGGCGAUAGAGCGGCGUCAGUCGCAGCGGUACUCUUCGCAGCCUGAGGGAGGCCUCUCGGAUUGGGAAGAGAUGGACGUCCUCGCCAGGCUGCGCAUCGAGAGACAUACCGCGGGCGUGGCGGAACUCAAAUGGCAGCAUGCACGCUGGUGGCGGAACCUGAAUCGCUGGAUGUGCGCUGUCGGGCUUGUCGUCUGCAUUUUGGUCGUCGUGCUUGCUGUUCUGGGUACCAAAAGGAAUUGGUGAACACUAAAUCAUACGGAUAUUUUUGGGAUGUGGAUAUGGAUAUUUAUGGACGACCAUCUCCUAUUUGACUCUCUUGACGACUUAGCGAGCGUUGACGAUUUUAUUUGCGACCUUCACAUGAUUACCAUAUUUUCUAUACUAGUUCUCCACUUGAUGAGACUGUGCAUAGUCACCAAUUAAUAUCUUCUGAUCUUAAUGUUUCAUGCAA